GGUACCAGUCCACGUACUAGGGCUCAUUCGUCACUGGGACCGUCUUGGAUUCUCAGUUCAGUUGCCAGCAUGCCAUAGAAGAAUCUGUGGUUCUCAUUUAUGAUCCCAAAAUAAGGGCCCAAGGGUCUCUGUGACUCAAGGCAGACAGACUGACUCCUAAGCUGAUGGAAGUUUGUAAAGAGAAGGAUUUUUCCCCUAAAUCAUUGAAAAAGGCAAUUAUCACAUUUGAGCACAUGUUUGAAGAAGUGCUGAUUGUAAUUAAAAAUUCACAUCUGAUCAAUAUCCUAAUGUGGGAGCUUGAGAAGAGGUCGGCUAUAGCAGAGAAGCAUGAGCUGCUCAGUCUUGCCAGCAGCAAUCACUUGGGAAAGAACCUACAGUUGCUGAUGGACAGGGUGGAUGAAAUGAGCCAAAAUAUUGUUAAGUACAACACCUACACGAGGGAUACAAGUAAACAGCAGCAGCAGAAGCAUCAGUAUCAGCAGCUGCGCCAGCAGGAGAACAUGCAGCGGCAGAGUGGAGGGCAACCCCCUCUCCCGAAAGACUUGUUCAAGCUCUUCCCGCAUCCCCAGCCACCCAUGAGAAUGGAUUCACUGCUCAUUGCAAGCCAGAUUAACACUUAUUGCCAGAACAUCAAGGAGUUCACUGCCUAGAAUUUGGG